AUGACAACGAUGUUCGUCCAACUGCGCCGUGUGGUGUACCUGUUGGUACUUCUUCAGUGUUGUGCGUGUGUGGCCCGAGCGGAAGGCGCCCAGCCGAGCGCUGGUUGUCCUGAAAAAAUCAAGGAAAGUCUCACCGAGGCCAAACAGGAUAUAGAUAAGGUGUUGAAGGGACCAAAGGUUGAAGGUUUUAAGUCGCCGGAGACUGUGUUGGAGGAAGGCAAGGAUCUGUUGAGUUUAUGGAAGAGGGAAGCGGAGGCGUGUGAGAAGGGUAGCAUCGUCACCAGAAACGCACUGGAAAAAACCGAAGCCAUCCUGAAGGGUUUGAGGGGAGAUGUAACGGAAGGGAGUGUACCUGGAGUUAAAAAGUUGGAAUGCAAUGGCGCUGAGGUGCAGGGGUUCAUGAAGGGUUACGCUCAGAUGAUGAAGGAGUACAAUGAUGCAAUAUCGAUUUCGCGAAAUCUGACGGCUAGAGUGGAGGCAACGCGACACUUAAGUAAGACGUAUUACGAGAACCUCCUUAACGUGCAUGGACGGUAUAAACAAGGUUUCGACUGGUAUAACGACACAAUCCAACAUGAGAAAAACAGGGGUUGUUUGACGGACAAGGAGAGGAAAAAGGAAUUUGAUGAGAUCAGUGCACAAUACAAUAAAUUUGAAACCGUAAGGUUGGGUCUCUUAAAUUUAACUGGUAAGUCCAAGGCCUGCGAAAUAAACACCACGGUGUUUCCAGGCGAAAAAAUAGGCGAAAUGUUAGAAGGUAUAAAAGGGAUUUGCCCAGAUGUCGCUGUGAAGAAGGCGGAUGCGGAGACUAAGCCCCCCGAAAUAAACGCAACGGAAUACGUCGAUGCCAGUAGGAUUGUAGUAAAUGAAAGCAAAAGGAAUGCGACGGUCGGCGAUAGGAAACGUGUAAAACCAUCUGUGCUCGAGGAAUUUAAGGGUAAGAUGAAAGCGGAGAGACCGAUACGGAUUGCGGCGGAAGAGAAAGCCAAGAAGGAGGCAGUGGAAAGGGCUGAAGCGGCAAGGAGAGCCGAGGAGGAGAGGAGAAGGAUUGAAGAAGAGAAUACGAGAAGGGCCAGGGAAGAGGAGGACACGAGGAGGAAAAGGGACGAAGAGGAGAAGGCGAAACAGGCUAUGGCACAAAAGGCCAAGGAAGAGGAGGCGAAACGCGUUUCGGCAGAAAAGGCGAAACAGGCAGCAGAGAAAGCUAGGGAGGAAGAGGCGAAACGUGCGGCGGAGAAGGCCAAGAAGAAGAAAGAUGACAGCAGCAGUCCUGCAAUGCUACACGGGUCCUUAUUGUUGCUUCUGUUAUGUGUGAUGGGCUGCACUCUUGUUUGCUAG